CUCGACUCCUGAGGCAAUUGAAUUGUCAACAGUAAGAAGAAAAAAUAAAAUAUAGUGGAAAAAGCCAACGAAUGGCUGAACUGGAUGAAAAUGAACGUAGGAUUAUCAAUGAGUUUUGCCAACUACAAGAAAAAUCAAAACAACUUUUCAAUGGAUUAAGAGACUUGCCUCAGUAUGGCCAUAAACAAUGGCAGGCAUACUUUGGGCGCACUUUUGACGUGUACACAAAAUUGUGGAAAUUUCAGCAACAACACAGGCAAAUCCUUGAUGUCAAGUAUGACCUAAAGAGGUGGCAAAUAGGUGAAAUUGCAUCUAAAAUAGGACAGCUGUACUACCAUUACUACCUUCGGACAAGUGAAACUAACUACUUAAAUGAAGCCUUUUCAUUCUACUCUGCAAUCAGAGCAAGGUCAUAUUAUUCUAGAAUUACCAAAGAAGAUCACCAUGGAGGCUCUAAGUCUGAUCUAGUUGUGAAAAAGCUGAGAUACUAUGCCAGAUUCAUAGUUGUGUGUCUUUUACUGAAGAAAAUGAAACUAGUCAGAGAAUUAGUUAGGGAGCUUUCAAAGUAUGUUGAUGAAUACACCAGUACAUAUGAACCAGAUGAUCAACUAGAGUGGUCUUUGGUUCUAGGUGAAAUUAAGUCCUUUCUAGAGGCCGACGCCAUUUUAAACAUACUGGAUGCCGAUUCUAAUCCCAUGGUCAUUUCUCAUAGGCUAAGCCCGCUCACUACUCCUCCCGUGGAGAAAAGUCCUGCGAUGGAUUUAACUCUCCAAGAAGUUCUGAUUUUUGGAAAUAAUAAUGAUCAAGUGAAAUUCAGUGAAUUGACUCUUGACAUGUUCCGUAUAUUACAAACUCUUGAAAGAGAGCCCCAGGAAGAUGCGUCAUACCAAGCUUACUCCCUUCCGUCACGGGCACCGUCCAUGGAGGCUGAUCGUCCCUUGAAACGAGAAAAUCCACACAAAUAUCUUCUGUAUAAACCAACACUUAGUCAACUGUUGGUAUUUCUCGCAUCAGGUUUUAAAGAGUUACCCUUAAACGGCGCCCUGUUGCUCUACAUUUCGGCUGACGGCCUGUUUCCGUCUUCCAGUUCUUCUGAAGACCGAUACGAUAUGGGUGGUGUUUGUACCAACAGUAAACGAGAGCCGGAUCAAAGUGGAAAUAAGCGUGGUUCUCAAGUGAAGGAACUGAACUGUUUAUAUCCUGGUGAUUUAAUCCCCUUUAUGCGAAAACCCCUCUUUCUCAUCGUGGAUUCCGACAACAGUUGGGUCUUCCAGAGUGUUCCGAUACUAUUCGGCCAACCUUUGGUGAUACUCAUGUCACCACAGGACGUUCCAUCCCAGUACCAAGACUUGCAUCCUAAAGGAGGCCUCCUCACUCUUUUUCUACACAGUCCUCUCACCGCCAUAUGCGUCCUUGGGAAAAUCAAAGAAAUACCCUAUCACCUCUGGGAAACGGGUCAAGCUUUUGUGGAUCGAUUCUUGGCAGAAGCUAGUCGGCUAUUGACCCGCGUUAAAGGCAUUGAGUCAUCCUAUCUGCCUUUCCUUGGCGACGACUUCUUACGGCUAUUGUUACUGCGUUUCAUCUUCUGUUGCGUGGCCCUUCGCCUUCACCGGGCCUUUAAACAUUGGCCUGCUCUACUGCCCCGUUCGCAGCCCCCUCUUCCCGAAAGCGAGCUGUUGCUGCAAACUUCGCUCGAACGGGCCAUGUAUACGUUGAUCGAUCAUUUGGAACUCAGUUCCGUUUUUAUAGAACCAAGUAGAGAGAUCCUUUGAGCUGCGAUUACGACGGAUUCGGAAAUCUGCUUCUUUUCCGGUGGAGAUUCCCUAUUGUGAUCCAGUUAUUUGUAGACGCACAGAGCAUCAUUGUUUUUUUCAUUUGGUUCUUCCGAAUAACUUUCCAUUCUUGAUUGAUUUUUCUCCGACGAAACUCGGUCGUCUUACUUCUCUGCCAUUCACAUUUCUUUCCAAUGCGUCUCGUACUCUGCACAUGCCAACCAAUUCAAGCACGGAUGUUAACUCAACAUAAUUCGUAAUCGAUCCUUACCGAAGGAUUCUAUCAUUUCUUUGAUGUAGACUAGCGAUUGUAAUUUGCAUAUCACACCAUAGCGUUUUCAGUGUGUUGUUUUGCCUUUCUCUGUUCACAAUGCACUAUGUAUUUCUUCGAACCCUCAAUGCUGAGCGGAAAUGUUUGGCCAGUCAUUUGAUCUCGUCCUCUGCAAUGGAAAUUCAGUCAGUUUACCAGUGAUCUCAGUCAUUCUAAUGAAAAAGUAAAA